GUCGUAGCAUUUUCCUAAAAUAAAUAAAUAAAACGCUCACAGUUAAACCCAACUCUCAAAACCACACCAUUAUUGCAUCAAGGUUGCAGUACAGCAAUCGAAUUGAACCGAAACUCCACCGCAGCCUUGUCCUCCUCCAUCAAAUCCACCGUUGGGCACAUUCGUCACAACCCAGAACAGCUAACGUGCUAGAUUGUUAGAAAAGGUCAAAAAUGUCAUCACUUGAAGCCUCAAGUAGUACAGAGUCUGAGGGAAGUGAAGAGAGGUAAAUGAGUUAGUCAUGCCAUUGCUGGAUGAGGUGUUCAGUCUCACUUUCAGUGAAUAUUUUGCAUUUCCCAUCCACCUUGUUCAGCUGUUUGUCACAUCUCAAAGACAGGAAUGGCCUUAAUAAGAUAGGUUCUCCUUCUUUCAGUUAUAUAAACGGAAGAAAAUACAGCAGCCAGAAAUUUUCAGAAUCAAGAAGUAAAAUUCCUACUAUCAAUGGACAAAUUUGCAAUUAUGCUGGUCAUAUGCCCAAAAUUUUUUGUCCCAAAACUUAUUCUGUUCUUCAAUCAAGUGGUCUUCAGCACUGGUUCAAAAGCUGGCAAGAACAUAGGAAGCAUAAACUGACAGCAAGCACUUUUGGGGGAGCUAUUGGAUUUUGGCCUCAACGGAGAGUCCAGCUGUGGCUGGAGAAGCUUGGGGCAAUUGAACCAUUCACUGGUAACCUGGCUACCUGUUGGAGCAACAUCAAAGAAGAGGAAGCACUUGAAAGGUACAAGCUGAUAACAGGGAAUGCCGUUUUAUUUCCUGAAUUUCAGAUCUAUGGGAAGAACCCAGAUGAUGACUGGCUUGCAGCUUCACCAGAUGGGGUUGUUGACAAGCUUGUUUAUGGUCUGCCCUCCCGAGGAAUUCUCGAAAUAAAGUGCCCAUUUUUUGGUGGCAAUACGAGCAGUGCUUCCCCAUGGUCACAAAUCCCCCUUUAUUGUGUUCCACAAGCUCAAGGUUUAAUGGAAAUCAUGGAUCGGGAUUGGAUGGAUUUUUAUGCUUGGACUCCUAAGGGGAGCAGUUUAUUUAGGUUAUAUCGAGAUGUAGAAUAUUGGGACGUCCUGAAAAUAGCACUGUCGGAUUUCUGGUUGAAGCAUGUCGUGCCAGCAAGGGAGUUGUGUAGUAAAUCCGUGAUCACAAAUCCCCUUACUCAGUUAAGAUCACUAAGGCCAGCACCUAGGCAUGAAUUAUGUAAAUACCUUGUACAUGAAAGUAAAUGUCUUGUUAAUAACUCCAAGUUGUUGAUGCGUGAAAUUCAUGGAAAAUUGCAGAACUGAAGCACGUCAAGUGUUUUCUGAGUUUAAUUUAAAUUGGAAUUUGGAGAGUGACUGCUUCGGACGAAUGAAGAUCUAUGAGUUUGGUAUUUCAUAUUUAUCUGGUGUAAAUUGAUUGAUAUGAAAAGAAAGAUUUAUUACUACACAUUAGUUUAUAUUCAUCAAAGUAUAGCAGAAUAAUCUUUGAGGUGA